AUGUAUGCAGUGAUCGGCUAUAUUCUAUUCGCCUUGCUAGUCUCUUGGUUCUACGUUCGUAGAAGACUCGAUCCCCUGUAUUCUAUCCCCGCAGUUGGACCCUCCUGGCCACUCAUAUCCUAUCUGGGAGCAUUCAAAUUCGCUCGUCAUGCGAGGGAAAUGCUGCAAGAAGGGUACGAUAAGUACAAGGGUUCUGUAUUCAGGAUCUCUAUGCUGGAUCGCUGGGCUGUUAUUUUCUGCGGUACUGCAAUGAAUGAAGAGCUGCAGAAGCUACCAGACGAUCAGAUGUCCUUCCUCGGAGCCGUGGAAGAAGUAGUUCAACACAAGUAUACAAUUGCGGAAGAAGUGGUUUCAGACCCGUUUCAUAUAAACAUCAUCCGAGGACCUCUUACUCGCAAUCUGGCAGCGUUACUGCCUGCUAUAGUUGACGAGAUCGAUGCUUCUUUCCGGGAACUGAUUCCGACUCAUGGAAAUGAAUGGGUAACCAUUUCUGCAGUUCCUCUCAUGGCCCGAAUUGUGUGUCGUGUUAGUAACCGGGUAUUUGUUGGCAUGCCAACCUGCAGAAACAGUGAAUUGUUGGAUAUCGUUAUCAACUUCACGCGAGAUGUCGCUAAAGGACGAUUCAUGCUCAGUUUUGUCCCUAUUAUAUUGAAACCGCAAGUUCCAUUCAAAUUCGGUUUGCGUCCGCUUUCUGACGAAGCAUGCAGGCUUGUGGGGCCAUUGUUACCAUGGUCACGAAGAGCUCUGAAACAAUUUUCCGUGAUCAUGAAGCCGGUCGUAGAAGACCGUAUGCGGCAGAUCGAAGAACAUGGGAAAGAGUGGGCAGAAAGGCCGAAUGUUUUGAUGACAUGGCUUGUGGAAGAAGCCAUCCGUCUGGGGAAAUCAGCUGACUUGAUCGUGCAAGCUCUGCUAGUAUCCAAUUUCGUGGCGAACCAUACCUCCACUAUUAGUGUUACACAUGCCCUAUAUCAUCUAGCUGCAUCCCCGGAAUAUAUUCAACCUCUUCGGGAAGAAAUUGAUGCUGUUUUGAAGACGGAAGGAUGGACCAAGGUCGGGAUAGGCAAGAUGUGGAAACUCGACAGCUUCAUGAGAGAAUCCCAGCGACUGAAUGGGAUCAGUGGCACGUUGAAAGACGUCACGCUCUCGGACGGAACUCUCAUCCCGGCUGGAACGCUCUGCGGGGCUGCAGCUGCAGGCACACAUCACGACGAGGAGAAUUACAACCGACCGCAUCUCUUCGAUCCUUUCCGAUUCUCGGAUAAGCGGUUCGAUGAAGAUGAGCAAGUGAAGCACCAGUAUGUCACCACAUCACCACAAUACAUACCAUUUGGCCACGGCAGGCAUGCAUGUCCAGGUCGCUUUUUUGCUGCAAACGAACUCAAGGCCGUGGUAGCAUAUUUCAUUGUGAACUACGAUGUCAUGUUCCCAGGCGGAGGAGAACGGCCGGGAAAUGUGUGGUUCGGUUCCUCAGUCAUACCAGACCAGACGGCACAGAUCAUGUUCCGCAAACGACAGCGCAUCAAGUAA